GAGUUUCCCGAGGAGGAAAGUUCGCGCGAGUCCUGAACUAUUCACCGUCAACAUGGGGCAGAGGAAGCGCGUGCUUCUGCCAGUGCUGCUGCUGCUGCUGAUUUUACAGGGUUGGUGUAUUGAACACACUCGGGGAUUUAAUGUGGGAACAUCAGGAGCCAAAAUUUUCUCAGGCCCAACAGUCGAUGAGUUUGGAUACACAGUGCAGCAGUUCAGCAAUCACCAGGGCAAAUGGUUAUUAGUGGGAGCUCCCUGGACAGGCUACACUCAGAACAGGAAAGGAGACGUGUAUAAAUGUGCGAUUGAAGGCCCUACGACUACCUGCGAUAAACUCAACCUACAGAAUGGAGUCAACAUACCAAACGUGCAGAACAUCAACGUUAACAUGAGUCUGGGUCUGACCCUGAUACGAACCACCAAAAACGCCGGAUUUAUGACAUGUGGUCCUCUCUGGGCUCAGGGUUGUGGUUCUCAGUAUUUCUACCCGGGAGUGUGUGCGGAAGUGAGCCCUCUGUUCGUCCCGCAACCAGCGUUCUCUCCUGCUCUACAAACUUGCGGCGGGCCGAUGGACAUCGCUAUAGUCCUGGACGGAUCUAACAGUAUUUAUCCUUGGCCUCCUGUCGUGGAGUUUCUUAAGAAGCUCUUAGGACACCUCGAUAUCGGACCGCAGCAAUCUCAGGUCAGCAUCAUUCAGUAUGGCGUCGAUCCCAAAAUGGAGUUCAAGCUGAACGCUUAUAAAACCAGAGCGUCGAUCGUUCAGGCGGCUUCGGCGAUUCCUCAGAGAGGUGGAAUCGAGACGAACACGUUUCGAGCCAUCGAGUACGCCAGGGUGAACGCUUUUCUGCCUGCAAACGGAGGACGUCCGGGUGCCAGUAAAGUGAUGGUGGUGGUGACUGAUGGAGAGUCACAUGAUAACUCCCGAAGAAACACGGUCAUUCCAGCGUGCGAAAAAGACGGCAUUACCCGUUUCGGCAUCGCUGUGCUCGGGUACUACAUAAGGAAUAACAUCGACAGCAAAAAGCUUGUCGAGGAAAUCAAGUCGAUAGCCAGCAAUCCUGCAGAUAAAUAUUAUUUCAACGUGUCCGCCGAAGAGGCUCUCUUGGAGAUCGCCGGAACCCUGGGAGAUCGGAUCUUCAACAUCGAAGGCACGGGUACAGGCGGUGAAUUUCAGAUGGAGUUGUCGCAGGUUGGCUUCAGCGCACACCAGACCAAAAACCAGGACGUGAUGAUGCUCGGGGCCGUCGGGGCGUACGGGUGGACCGGAACUGUAGUGCAUAAAACCGCUCAGACGUCAGAGAUUUUCCCCAAAGGAGCUUUUGAGCAAAUCCUUGAAGACAAAAACCACAGUUCGCUCCUGGGAUACUCGGUGAGCACUCUGUAUAGCGGUUCCACCGAGUACUUUGUAGCCGGUGCUCCUCGCUCCAACCACACGGGUCAGGUUGUGGUGUACACACUGAACAAGCGGAGACAACCCGACAUCCGACACUCACAGAGAGGCGAUCAGAUCGGCUCGUACUUCGGAAGUGUGCUCUGUCCGCUCGAUGUGGAUCGUGACGGGGUUACUGACCUUCUGCUGGUCGGCGCUCCGAUGUACAUGAGCGACGCGAAGAAGGAGAUGGGCAAAGUCUACAUCUUCACCGUUACCGACGGGUUCUUGAGUAGCCAGGGGUUUCUGGAAGGUUCCUCUAGACUGGAGAACGCUCGGUUCGGAAUGGCCAUCUCCGCUGCUUCUGACCUCAACCUGGACGGCUUGACCGACGUGGUGGUCGGAGCGCCGCUGGAGGAGAACGGCCAGGGAGCCGUUUAUAUUUAUAACGGAGACGCUCGGAGCAUCAGGAAGCAGAGCUCACAGAAAAUUCUUGCCGUGAAACUGGACCCGACGUUGAGGUACUUCGGACGCUCCUUAGACGCCGCUGGAGAUCUGAACGGAGACUCGGUCCCGGACGUCUCGGUGGGCAGUUAUGGGAAAGUGCUUCAGCUCUGGUCCAGGGGAGUGGCGGUGGUGACGGCCCGGGUCACGUUCACCCCGGACAUGAUCAACAUCGAGAGUAAACCGUGUAGCUUCAGUGGACGGAAGGUGUCCUGUUUUAUAGCCAAAGUCUGCUUCAGCGCAGCGUUCAAACCGACGACGCCUGUCGGACCUGCAGAGAUUAAAUACAACAUGACGCUGGACGCUGACCUGCGGUCGUCUCGAUUCAGCUCCAGAGGUCAGUUCGGGAACUCCGAGCGAGUGGUCCAGCAGAACGUCGGCGUGUCCACGGCCGAGACGUGUGAGGAACAUCAGGUGUACGUUCAGGACACUCCAGACCUCGAAUCCAUCGCCGUCCGAGUCGAUAUCGGACUCCAGCAGCCGGACUCCAGCCCCGUCCUGGACGCCUUCAGUCCCAGCGCAUGGGAGUUUUUUAUCCCAUUUAUUAAAGACUGUGGUGGUGAUGACAUGUGCUACAGCGACUUGGUGUUGAGCGUCGAGAGAGAACCACCAAGCUCCUUGUUGCUGGUGAGUAAGAACAAUAGACUGUCACUGUCCGUGACGGUGAUGAACAGGAAGGAAAAUGCCUACAACACCAGAGUGAUAGCACGCUUCUCCAGCAACCUGUUCUACAGCUCCGUUACGCCACCUAGCGAUGAUACCGAGGUCAAAUGCACCUCCAGUAAAGACACCGAAAUCGUCACGUGUCAAGUUGGAUAUCCAGCGCUCAGGACUGACCAGUUGGUGACAUUCGAGAUCAAUUUUGACUUUAAUUUGGCACGAUUACAAAAGGAAGUCAAAGUGGCCUUCGAAGCCCAGAGUGACAGUAAAGAGGAAACUCCAGCGGAUAACAGUGAGACGAUGGCGAUCCCCAUCCAGUACAGGACCGAGAUCAUCCUCAGCAGAGAAGCCAACAUGAAUGUUUACUUGCUGGAUGAAAAGGAUGAAAUUACAAAUCCGAUAAAAACGUACAGUGACAUCGGCCCGGAGUUGAAGUUCAAUCUCAAGGUGUCUGGAGCAGUGUUUCCAGUCAGUCUGGUUUACCUCGACGUCUCGCUGCCCGUCAGUACUAAAUCAGGGAAUCAUCUGCUGUAUGUGACCUCAGUCGAGAGCACACCGCAGAGUGAUGUUCAGUGUGAGACCCAAGCGCUGAUCGACCCGUUUAAGAUCAGAGACAAAGAAUACACAGCCACAUUCACCAAGGAGAGCUUCCGAGGAACCAGUCACCUGAACUGCGACUCGGCCGUGUGUAAGCAGCUGAAGUGUGUGCUGAAAGACCUGAGCGUGAAAAGUGAUUACUAUAUCAGCGUCUCCGCGAGGAUCUGGAACGGAACGUUCGCCGAGGCUGAUUUCCAGUCGGUCGUAUUAGACGUGAACGCUCAGAUCGAGACGUCUCAGUCUGAUCUACUCGUUAUCGCCCACAAACAAGUGACGGUCGAUGUCACUGUGAGUAAACCAGGUGCCAAAGCUGAUGUACCUGUCGGAGUGAUCGUGGGCAGCGUGAUUGGAGGAUUACUCCUGCUGGCUGUUGCUGUCGCAGUGCUGUGGAAGCUGGGCUUCUUUAAGCGUAAAUACCAGCAGCUGCAGAGAGGCGAUGACGGUGCUGAAGCAGAAGGACUACAGGACAACGCAGGACAACAGUGAGACCCGGACGGAUUCCCCCGUCCGGUUCAAGACUAUCUGAUCUCAGAUCAGCUCGAGCUAAAGUUGUAACCCUCGGAGACACGGAGAUCAGAUGCACAGCAGUGAGGAGGUGGACCUCAAACACACGGCAGCAGGCUGCGAGCCGGUUCGAAUGAAACGGCAAAGGAACAACACUGGAGAACGCUUCGUUUUUCACUCCGAGUCUCUGCAUCAGCGUAAGUCACGGGAAAUUUGCUUCCGUUCCUGUUCGUGUUUUUACUUUUAUUUGGAAAUGCUGUAAAUAUAUUUGAUAGAGAAAUGUUGUUGAAAAUGAUACGCAGACUGCACUGACCUCUUUCCUGACAAAACUAGUUUUAUUGACGAGCACAGAACAACAUUAGUAUGUAAAUAUCUUCUUUUUUUUUUUUUUUAGAUAUUUUUCAUUUUUAAAACGGGUCUAAUCAUAUUGGAGCAUCAUUUCAUGACACGUAUCAUUUUCACGAGAAACGUUUCUCAAUAUUCAGUAACGUCACAUUUCAGUGUUGACGGCGACGACAAAACUUUUUCGAGGUCAUCGGAUGUCAUUUAUUCUGAAGUCAUAUCCCCCAGCCAUUCAAACGACCUACUACUCAAUCUCAAUCAUUGGUAGCGUGAAUGCGUUUUGGUGAAAUGCUAACUCGGGUGCGGCCAAAAACCUUCGUUCUGACGGACAACGCGUGGAACGUUUAACAUUACAGGCAGUCGAGUGCAAAAGUUUUCAUCCUCUUUAAUCAAGGCUUCAGUUCAAAUAGGCCUCGUUUAUCUUUUAGUAAAGUCGUGUGAGAAUGUUUUUCCGCCAAACUGGACUGUCUGUAACCGCCAAGAGCGAUCGCGAAAAAGCUGCGAAACAAGAGUUACAUUUUGACACAAUCAUUCUUUACUUUUUAUGGUUUAAUGGGUAAAAAAAAAAACCAGACCAAACGGUGAAGGAGCACAAACUCUUCCAGUCACAUGGUUAAGCAACCGCAGCACGUCAGCUACCUUACUAACUCCUCCUCCUUUCAUAGGACGCCAUUAAUUUUGUCCUAAUAGAACGGCUAACUUUGAAAAGGAGGACAUGUUUAACCAACAGGAAACAAGUGGUCAACAUCCUGUUACACAGCGGUUUUUUUUUUUUAUUUUAUUUUAGAACAUGUAUACAUGCUCACUAUCCACUUUAUAAGGAACACCUGUACUACUGCACAUUCACGCAGCUAUCGAAGCAUCCAAUCAUGUGGCUGCAGCACAAUGCAUAAAACCAUGCAGAUACAGGUCAAGAGCUUCAGUUAAUGUUCACAUCAAACAUCAGAAUAAAGAAAAAGUGACCUCUCUGAGACUUUAACCCUGGCAGGAUUGUCGGUACCAGAUGGGCUUAGGAUUUUCACACACAACCGUCUCUAGAGUUGACACAGAAUGGCGCCAAAAAAACCCAAAAAACAUCCCGUGAGCGGAGGGUCUGCAGGCUGAAUCACCUUCUUCACACUUUCUCUUCAUUCUGAUGUGAACAUUAACGGACGCUCUUUACCGGUAUCCGCAUGAUUUGAUGCAUUUAUACAUGCCACACGGUUGGCUGAUUGGGAUGACUGCAUGAAUGUGCAGGUGUUCCUAAUAAAGUGGACGGGAAGUGUAUAAGAAAAUGUACGUUUCCGACCAAAGUCCUUCAUCAGCGGUGAUACGAGUGCUAUAUAUAAACUGUGUAUAUUUAUAUAAUUGUCAUUAGAAGAUGCAUUAAAACCAAAUGAGCAAAAUCUCUACUUCAAAUAUCUCUAAAAGCUUGUUUCUGCUGCGUAUGAGUAAACAUUACAUAUACGCUGCAGCUUAUGUUCCUCGUAUACACACUACGGGGUUUUGCCGAGUGAUUAUAGGAAAAGGAAGCACUAAGUCAAUAUUGUGCGAUAUUAAUAAUUAUUACUGAGAUUAUUAUUAUUAUUAUUUUUUAAAAGGCCAAUUAUAAAAUAUUAGCUCGCAGCUGUGAGGGGAAAAUGUGACGGUUUGUGAAAAUAACCCCUAGUUUCGAGAUUUAAAAAUAAAUAAAUAAAGACACAAUGGAAUGAUGAUUAACUUGUAACUGUGACCAAAAGAAAAGCUGCAUCCAAAUGACACGAUUUUGAGAUUGCGAGAGAAAGUCACAAUUAAGUGACGGAAAAAAGGCACAGUUUCGUGAAAAUAACGGAAUUUUUCAGUCGUGAUCGCAAAUUAUUUUUCAGGCAACUGCGAGUAAACAUCACUCAAUCAUGACGUUAAAACGACGACAAAAAAAUCGAUAUUAACUGACGAUUGAGCGAUUUAUUAACUCGCGAUUACGAGAUUAAAAAACUGAAUUUGAGUGAGGGUUCGUCCCAGACAGCUGUCGAGCUCUCUAGGUGAUGAAUCGGUACAUCGAGUACACGAGUUGGGGCGCUACUAAGGACCCUGACAGCUGAAUUUCCGCCGACACGACUACGUACUCGUGUCGUCAAACGUCACCGCUGACAUUUAACCAACAACGUGACCGAUCUCUUUCUGACGUUAUAUGUCGUAUCGAUUUGACGGUACUUCAGGCAGGAGCGUAGGCUAGGAGCGUAUUUUUAAAAAAAUCUUUAAACGCUUAAAUGUCGUCAUUAGACGUUAUAUAGAACGUCAAAUAAAGUUUAAAAAAUCCUUAGCGUAAGUGAUCGUUUCAGCGCUGCAACAACGAUAACGAGCUUCUUACAUUUGUAGACGGAAGUCGCCUGAGAGUUCGUCGGCCAUUUUGUCUCCAGCUGAGAGGCUUCAGAAAACAUGACGUCAUUUCCGGUUUGAACAUAACGAGCGUCGAUGCUCCUGGUUUUUGCGGUGCAUUGUGGGAUUUAAUUUUUUUUACGGAGCGAACGUUCCAGUGCACCGGAAUGCAUUUUAGCAUUCAAAAUGGCCGCCUCGCUGCUCGGCGCCCCGACUACUGAACUAGAGAGCUGACUGACACGCAGUUGUAUAAAAAUAACUCCCGAUUAAUGAGCAAUCACAUGAUGAUGAAGAUUCGCAAUCACGAGCGUAAUAUUUUCCCCUACGCGGUGGAGACAAGAUUCCAUAAAUAUAGCUAUUUUAUUUUAUUUUAUGUAUUGUUAAACACUUCAUGCAUUCGUUCCCCCCCCCCCCCCCCCUCUCUCUCUCUCUCUCUCUCUCUCUCAGGAAUAGAAAACAUUAAAUAAACCACUGGAACACUUUGUACUGUAAUAUUUAAACACUCUGCUGACUGAAACGUGUUCGUCACGCCCCAGGCAGCAGAAUGACGUUUUUGGGAAUUUAAAUAAAUAAAUGUCUAAAAUAUCUAUCUUUUUUCCACCUCACGUGAAAAUGUAUUGUUUAAUUUUUUUUAGAAUUUCUUUACAUGUUCAUCCGGCACUUUACUCACUUCUCACUUACCCAUUAAGUUCGCGUUAGUGAUUUUGAUCGUAAUUAACGUUCUGGAUUUAUCUUUUUUUUUUUCUUUGUAUUUUAUUUUCCACAAACGCUUUAUUUUAUAUUUCUUUUUAACCAUCUGGAACCAAAAAAAAAUACACUUUUAAAAACAUGCAUUUAAAAAACUUUGUAGCAUUUUUUAUUAUUAUUAUUAUUAUUAUUAUUAUUCCAUCCUUUAGGCUUUGGUAAGAGUUUGUAUUUUUAUACUUUACUCAGACUGCACAGCACGAGUGUAAAUUUAAGAUUUGAUUAUUUACCGAGUCUGAAUUCUGCAAUAAGUUAAAUAUGUACUGUAAUCAGGUUUUAUUCUUCAAAUUAAAAAUAAUGACUGAUUACUAUAUUAAUGCUUUUCUAUAAAUUUAUCAGAGCACUAAAUGUUUACAGAAGUUGUUGUUUUUUUGCAAUGGUACGUUAUUUCAGUUUUUGUCUAAAUAAUAGAUAAAACGGGGCAAUUUAUUCAAAUGAUCAUUAAAACAUUUUAAUUUGC